AUGACAACCUCAUCAGACAAAGAAAAUAGCGAAAGUGACAAGACUGUUACACCCAAUACAAACCGACCUCAGGGCAAUUAUCUGUGCCCCCGAUGUCGUGCUGCGUAUUGCGAGCUGCCAAUAGAAUGCGUUGUUUGUGGAAUAACGUUGAUGUCAGCGCCGCAUUUAGCUAGAGCAUAUCAUCACCUUUUUCCUCUUGCUCAGUUCAUUGAAACACCAAGGUCUGAGGUUAUCGCAAAAACAGUGGUAUAUAAGUGCCCAAAAUGCGGGCACUUCUUUUGUGCUGAUUGUGAUACUUUUCUGCACGAUUUUGUACAUUCUUGUCCCAGAUGUACACUUCCUUAA